UAGGUGAAACGACGCAGUAUGCGGCUCCAAACAGAGCAAUAACACUGUGAGCGACAACAAAGAUACAAAUCCAUUCCGUACAUUCCAGAGAUCCGUGCAAAUGCCACAGCAGACGAACGAGCCGCAGCAAGCGAAUCGAUAAAGCAGCGAACCAGAUCCGAGCACAGGGAAUCUCUAGGUCGCCGGUGGAGCGGGAAAAGUGGUGAAAAGCGGUAACAGUUGGCCCAUUUCACACAGGAGACCAUCCCCAUCCCGUGGAAGAUAUAGUCUUUUCCAAUCGUUAACAUGCUGUCGCGACUGCAGGACUUCUUGUCACGCCACCGGCGGAAAUUCAUAGUGACCGGCGUUUUGGUGGGCGGCACCAUCUUUGCGGCGCGGUACGCCCAGCGGCGCUUUGUGGAGUUCCAGGAAAAGCAGGCCAGGGAGUUCUUCGAACGGACACGCCGCAUGACCCACUUUGAGUCGACGGAGAAGACCUGCAACCAGGUGAUCCUCGGCAUGGGCGAGGAAAUGUGCCAGGCCGUGUUGCGUGAAUGCAGCACGGAUGAGCUGCUCGAGCAACUGCGCAAGAAUCCCAAGAACAAGCUGGAACUGUGGGAGGAAAUGAAGAUUGUGGCCUUUACCAGGCUGGCCACCUAUGUCUACGCCUCAUCCAUGCUGGUCAUUGCUCUGCGAGUGCAGCUAAACCUCCUCGGUGGCUAUAUCUACAGGGACAUCAUGACGGAGCAGAAACAAGUCACUGACGAACUGAAGCAGCAGUAUCUCUCACUCAUCCGGCACUUCAUCACGGAGUCCGGUAUACGGGAUUUGGCUCGCUAUAUACGCAGCCAGGUGAUUGCCGUCAUCAAGACCAUGCCGUUGUCCCAGCAGCUUUCGCUCAACGACUUGGAGCAGCUCUUCUGGUCCCUGCAAAUGGCCAUCAAUGCGGACACUCGCCGGGAUCCCAACUCCCGGAUGAGCAAGUACCUGCUGCCCAGUCAGAAUCCCAGUCACUCGCCGCUGCUGCAGAAAAUGUUCAACGAGACGCUGGAUCUGCUGGAGAGCGAGGAUGCCAUUGGAGUGUGCUCGCACAAUGUGAGCCGGGGUUUUGUCCUGGCCUGCGAUGCCAUUGCCGAAUCAAUGGGCGAAACACUUCAGCAUAUGCCUCAAGCUGAAGUGCAAACCCAACAGGAUAACCUGAAGUUCAACCAGGCCGGAGGCUCCAGAAGCAGCAGUUCAAAGAGCCAAAAUGUGGAGAACAACAACUUGCUGAACAUCAACCGAGUGCUGAUGGCGCUGGCCAAGCUCAUUCCAAUCAUCAGUGGCCUCACCUCAAGGGGUUUCGACAGCACGGCGAGACCCCAUAAUCUGCCCACCCAGCUGCUCACCUUUUACGUGGUCGCCGAGAAGACGAAGACGCUGGGAGCCAACGUUUACGAAAGCUUCAGCUCCGCUUAGGAAAUCGACAAAACUUGGAUUAUGCAUCACUGCAUAGGCUAGGAUAAGAUAAUUGGAACAACAUAGUUUAUAUGCCUGUAUAUUUUUAAUACGAUCAUAAUUCUCAGAAGCGUUGUUUCUAUGUCUGCUUGAGUCCAACCCGUAUUAAGUCUAGCACCUAAGAAUAUUUAAUCGAAAGCGAGUGUAAGGUAUGCUUAAGUCGAUGCCCCACUUGAGUCCAAGGGGAAUCCUUCAAGACAGGGACACACAAAUCGAGCAACGUGAAGGCCUUUUAAAAUAAAUAACUGGAGAGUGUAAUAUGUGCUUAGGGAAUACAAAGAAUGAGAAAUGGUUUUUAUGGAACAGACCUGAGGGUUAUCUGGUAUUGAAAAUAAAUGGAAACGUAAAUUCUA